AUAUCGUUCAUUUUCCUUGUGCCUGAAAACGACAGUGACGGCUGCCUACACUUCAACGAACGACACUCUGUGGGCUUAUCAUUCCUUUGUCUGAGCGGUUGACACCGUUUCCUUGAACGGGGGACAGAGAGCUGAAAAUAAGAAAGAAAUAGAGGGCAAUAGCUUUCUCUUCGUGUAUAGCCGUAGCGCACAGGACGGCGGCGCAUACAAGGUGGAGCAGCAGAGACCGCAGUUCCCGGUACUGAAGACCGACACGAGAGCUCAUUUUCUCUGCAAGGGACGGAGGGCGGGGUCUCGUAGCAUCAGCGCUCUCAUUGUAUGUCGGCUGCUGAUGCUGAGCAGUAGCGGAAAGAAAAACCAGGGCCAUGGAUACGGUUUUAAAAACCUUAGGCCUUAAUACAUUGUGGAGAUUAAUUACACGCUCUACUGUCUACUAAGAUAAUGAGGAAGAGGAAGAACUGGAAACCUCGGGAAGUCUCUAUGAAAGCAUUGGAGGAGCUGUAGUAUUUGACUCAAUGGCGAAGAAGGGCCGUACCAAGGGCGAGAAGCCCGAAGCGCUCAUCUCUGCCCUACAGGCGGCUAACGAAGAUCUCAGGUCCAAACUGACUGACAUUCAAAUAGAACUGCAUCAAGAGAAAUGCAAGGUGAGUAAGUUGGAGCGUGAGAAGGUGCAAGAGUGCAAGCGGAUCCGGGAGCAGGAGCAGCACCGGCACACGGCCACGCUGACAGAGCAGCGAGCCAAAUGGCACGAGGAGAAGCAAAAAGAGCUCCAGGCACUCAGGGAGAACCUGGUCCGCCAGCACGAGCAGGAGCAGGCCCGGGUGGCCAAGAUCAAGGACCAGGAGAACCAGCGGCUCAAGGCGGCGCUGAGCGCCAUGCGGGACGGCAGCGGAGAGAAGGUGCGCACGGCGCUGACCCUAGAGGCCAAGGAGGAGGCACGACGCUUUUUCGACGUGGAGAGGGUCAAGCUGCUGCAAGAGAUCUCGGAGCUCAAGCAGAACAAAAAGCAGACGGACGAGGCACUCAGCACCAUGAUUCAGGCGGAUAAGAUGAAGGCCGGGGAUCUGCGCUCCGAGCAUCAGAUGCAUCAGGAACAGAUCUCCAAGAUCAAGUGGGACAGCGAGAAGGACAUCCGCAGACUGGUGGAUGAGAUCAAAUCCAAAGAGCGCACCAUCUUCUCUCUGGAGAAGGAGCUGGAGAAUGCCAUUGGCUUGCAGCAGAAGAUGCAGAUGCAAAAGGAUGCCCUGGAUGACCAGCUGUUCCUGGUCAAGGAGGCAGAGUGUAACCUGGGCAGCCCCAAGAGAGAGAUCCCCGGGCGGGCUGGGGACGGGGCGGAGCACUGUGGCAGCCCGGUACGACAUAGAAAGGCAGAGGGGAACUUGGAAAUGGACAUGCGCAGGAACCAGAGACGCAUGGCUGACCUCAACUCCACCAUCCGCAAGCUGGAGGACCGCAACUCACUGCUAGUGGAUGAGAGGAAUGAACUGCUAAAGCGUGUGCGGGAGUCGGAGAAGCAGUGCAAGCCCAUGCUGGAAAAGAACAAGAUGCUGAACAAGAGGAACGAUGACCUCAGCCAGACCCUGCAGCGCAUGGAAGAGAAACUCAAAGGCCUGGCCAAAGAGAACCUGGAGAUGAAGGAGAAGAUCAGCUCCCACCCACCACUGAAGAAAUCCAACUGUAAGUCUCUGAAUGAUCUGGACCAGGCACACGACGACCAGGAGAUUGAGUUCCUUAAGCUGCAGGUACUGGAGCAGCAGAGCAUCAUCGACGAGCUGACAAGAGACAGGGAAAAGCUCCUGCGGAAGAAGAGGCAUAAACGAAGCAACAGGCAAAUAAAGAGGCACAUUGUAGUGGACACCUUCUUUGGAUACGAUGAGGAAUCCAUGGACUCGGAGACGUCCUCCGUGGCUUCGUUUCGCAUGGACCGCACCCCAGCCACUCCCGAUGAAGACCUGGAUGAGGGACUGGCUAACGAGGAGUCGGAGCUGCGCUUCAGGCAGCUGACCAGAGAAUACCAGGCCUUACAGAGGGCAUACGCCCUGCUACAGGAACAUCAAGGGGGCCUUCUAGACGCUGAGAUGGAAGCUAAGGCUCAGGAGCAGCUCCAUGCAGACGUUCUCAGGUACAAGGCCAAGAUAGAAGACCUGGAGAAGGAGCUUGCCCACAAAGGACAGGACUCCAAGUGGGUAGAGGAGAAACAGCUGUUCUUCAGGAGGAAUCAGGAGCUGCUGGAUAAGGUGGAGAAGUUGGAUGGAAAAUGUAGUCGACAGCAACAGGAGCUGCAAGACUCCAAGGACCAGAAUGAGCUCCUGGAAUUCAGAAUACUGGAACUAGAGGAGCGUGAGCGGAAAUCCCCUCCGUUUAAUCAUCUCCGCAUGCAUCCGUUCUCCGAGGGUGUCAGCGCCCUGCAGAUCUACUGCAUGAAGGAAGGAGUGAAGGAUGUCUGUAUACCUGACCUGAUCAAGCUGCUAGACAUUCUGGGUGAUAACGGGAACUUGCGAAAUGAGGAGCAAGUGGCCAUUAUUCAAGCUAGCACUGUCCUCUCUCUUGCUGAAAAGUGGAUACAACAGAUCGAGGGCACAGAGGCAGCGCUGCACCAGAAGAUGAUGGAUCUGGAGCUAGAGAUGGAGAUGUUCUGUAAGCAGAAAGGCUAUUUGGAGGAGGAGCUGGAUUACAGGAAGUCAGCCCUGGAUCAGGCCUACGUGCAAAUCCAGGAGCUGGAGGCUACUCUGUACAACGCACUGCAGCAGGAUAAGGUGAUUGGAUACGGCGAGCCUCUCAGUGACAUGCAGAAGGAUGAGCUUCGUACGUCCGUGGAGAAGUUACGCAGGCAGAUGCUGAGGAAGAGCCGAGAGUUCGACUGUCAGGUCUUGGCUGAGAGGAUGGAGCUGCUCCACCAGGCCCAUCAGAGAAUCCGGGACUUGGAGGAUAAGACAGACAUCCAGAGGAGACAGAUUAAGGAUCUGGAGGAGAAGCCUGGAGAUUGUGUUUGUGACCGCAGUGGUUUUCAUUUUUUGGUGAAGCGAGUCAUCUUUUUGGCUCGUGUUGUAAUAGUGAGUGGUAAUGGACAUGGCUGGGAAUUCACACCUCUUUGAUUUGGGACCUCACUCUGGGGAUACACACCAUGUAUGCUGCACUGCACUGUCCUGGUCCUUGGAACAUGGAACUUCACUAAACUCAGUGGGGUAACUGGAACUCAUAUACACAUAUACACUGGACACGCUAACACAAACAUACUGGAAACACACACACACACACACACAUACACAAAUAUAGCAUACACAGGCAGACCAGGGGCACACACACAUCACACGUGCGCGCCCCCACACACACACAUACAUACACACACCAAACCCACUCACAGACAUCGUGGAAACCAAAUUCCGGGAUAUCUUAUCUCUGCCAUGCAGGGGAACGCUACACCACCUACCACCGUCCGACUACACCCAAACUACACCCAGACUACACCAAGACUACACCCAGACUACACCCAGACUACACCAAGACUACACCCAAACUACACCCAGACUACACCCAGACUACACCAAGACUACACCCAAACUACACCCAGACUACACCCAGACUACACCCAGACUACACCAAGACUACACCCAAACUACACCCAGACUACACCCAGACUACACCAAGACUACACCCAAACUACACCCAGACUACACCCAGACUACACCCAAACUACACCAAGACUACACCCAGACUACACCCAGACUACACCCAAACUACACCCAGACUACACCCAGACUACACCCAAACUACACCCAGACUACACCCAAACUACACCCAGACUACACCCAGACUAUACCCAGACUACACACAGACUACACCCAAACUACACCCAGACUACACCCAGACUACACCCAGACUACACCCAGACUUCAGACAAGAGAGGAAAGGAAAGGCUGCUGUAGGCUUCCCUCCCUCCCCUCUGCCUCUUAUAAACCCGAACAGACACUCGUAUGUGUGAACGCACCCCUUCACAGGAGCGACGAGACCUGACUCAGGGCCUGUGAGCAUGGUGACUGGCUGAUCUGAUGGUGACUGACUGACUGUUCUCUGACCAGGAGACGCGGGACAUGGGACACUCAGGACAAUGUGUCUCCUCUGGUCGGAAGCAGAUCAUGGGGACGGCAGAGCGAGAGAGAAGGAUGGGAGAGAGAGGAUCCACUAUGUGCUCACACACUGACCGGGCUUCUGUUUUGAGACCUUCACUUUCUUUGUUUUAAACCAGCAGACAGAGUGGGCAUCUCUGGUUCUACUUCUUUUCCUUUCGGAACAAACCAACGGUCCCAGUCGAUCCCCAUGUACCAAGAUUUCCACAGAGAGAAAAAAGACCCUCUCUAUAUACAUGUGUUGAUAUGUACAUUGUGUCUUGAUGAUUUCCUGUAGUUUCUUUCCUUCCUUCUGUGAAUAUGAACGCUGUCCCCUCUACAGUAGAGCUGCUCGGCAGUUUCUAAGUACCAGAACGUAUGAAUUGCUCUGUUUAUUGUGGCGACAGCUGCAAAUGAACUCUAUUUCCUCGAUUGUACUGAACUUCAAAUAAUUGGUAUAAUAAUAUUUUCCUCCCCCCUUUUCCCUGUCACACUCCCUCUAUUUUGUGCUCUUUCAAGAUAAUCAACUGUAGCCCACCAGCAGGAGUUUCGUGGUUUAUACUGAAUGACGUUUAACACUCCCGUUAAAAGAACAGAACGAGCUGUAAAUUCUACAUCCUGUUUACCUACCUACAUCCUAAACAGCUUUCUGUCUGAUUAUGGUCAUUGUCAUCUCAGCAAAGUGACCAUGAAUACUGCACAGUACCUCUUGCAGCAAUGACGUGUCGCUUGCUUUGCUCUAUUUCACUAACACUUUUUUUCAGCACCAUGGACACCACAGGGGUUAGUUCUAACCUUCCUACCCCCCCCACCCCCUUCUCCAAACUGAAAUAGGAGAAAGUUGAUGCAAUGUAUACCUGCCUGGUUCUGCUUCUCUCCUUUCACCCUGACUAUGUCCUGGUGCUGCAAUAUUAACUACCUAUCCCGUCCAACCGCCUCACCCACAUCCACCCGAGCUAGCUUCCCCUCCCGACCCUAUUCAGAGGCCUAGGAACCUAAGGCAUCCCAUUACAUACCUGUACAUACAUGAACGUGGCCCACUUCUGUUACGUUACAAUGUAGGGGGAAUGAUUGACACUAUUUUGGAGCAAACUUCGCUAACUAGCAAUUGCCUUAAAUGCGCUAUCCCCAUCAAUUUGUACUUUCUUUUUAAUGAUGAUUUUUGGUCCGUUAAUAUGAUUAUGUAACGUUGUACAUUUCUGUUCACCGAGGACAUUGUUUUGUAAAUCUUUACCCUCCUGUUUUCCAAUGAGAAUUUAACCCCCUCCUCUUCUUUCAAGUAUAUAAAAAAAAAAUAUUUAAAAAAGGGAACAUGAUGAAAAUAAAAGUGAAUGGAGUUCAGUUUUAAGUGUCUGUGUUUUGGUGACAUCUUGUUUCCAAAUUUCAUUUUUGGUGGCGACUGACUUUUCGGUGACCUGUCUUUGCAGUGUGUUUCAGUUGCUCCAGCUCCACUAAUAGGACUAAUGGAAUCCUAUGGCACUGACUGAGGUGGGGAAGGAAAAUAGGGUCUGGUCGUUAAGUCAUAUUACUGUGUGUGAUGUGCUCUGCAUAUGUUACAUCUGGCCAUCAAUUGGCAAGGGUUUCCAAAACAUUUCCCUCAUACUGUAGCCAGUACCUACCAGUAAGUUAGGGACACAAUUGUUUAUUUUAAUUUGCUGUA